AUGGGUCAUGCGAUCUACUCAUUAUUUAUCUGGCUUUCCAAUAGGCCCUCUUCUCCCCUGCAACUUUUCCUGGUCCUUAGUGAACAAGAGGAAGUAGGGCACUAUGUUGUCAACUCUUCCCUGGUCCUUAGAGAGGAAGUAGUGCACUAUGUUGUCAACUCUUCCCUGGUCCUUAGUGACCUAGAGGAAGUAGUUUACUAUGUUGUCAACACUUCCCUGGUCCUUAGAGAGGAAGUAGGGCACUAUGUCGUCAACUCUUCCCUGGUCCUUAGAGAGGAAGUAGGGCACUAUGUUGUCAACUCUUCCCUGGUCCUUAGAGAGGAAGUAGUUUACUAUGUUGUCAACUCUUCCCUGGUCCUUAGAGAGGAAGUAGGGCACUAUGUUGUCAACUCUUCCCUGGUCCUUAGUGUACUAGAGGAAGUAGUUUACUAUGUUGUCAACUCUUCCCUGGUCCUUAGAGAGGAAGUAGGGCACUAUGUUGUCAACUCUUCCCUGGUCCUUAGUGUACUAGAGGAAGUAGGACACUAUGUUGUCAACUCUUCCCUGGUCCUUAGAGAGGAAGUAGUGCACUAUGUUGUCAACUCUUCCCUGGUCCUUAGAGAGGAAGUAGGGCACUAUGUUGUCAACUCUUCCCUGGUCCUUAGUGUACUAGAGGAAGUAGUUUACUAUGUUGUCAACUCUUCCCUGGUCCUUAGAGAGGAAGUAGGGCACUAUGUUGUCAACUCUUCCCUGGUCCUUAGAGAGGAAGUAGUGCACUAUGUUGUCAACUCUUCCCUGGUCCUUAGUGUACUAGAGGAAGCAGGACACUAUGUUGUCAACUCUUCCCUGGUCCUUAGUGUACUAGAGGAAGUAGGACACUAUGUUGUCAACUCUUCCCUGGUCCUUAGAGAGGAAGUAGUGCACUAUGUUGUCAACUCUUCCCUGGUCCUUAGUGACCUAGAGGAAGUAGUGCACUGUGGUUAAUAAACAGCUCUAAGGCCCUAUAAAAUCUGUUAUUAUGUUUUCUGUCAAUAUACCUAGUUAAUAAACAGCUCUAAGGCCCUAUAAAAUCUGUUAUUAUGUUUUCUGUCAAUAUACCUAGUUAAUAAACAGCUCUAAGGCCCUAUAAAAUCUGUUAUUAUGUUUUCUGUCAAUAUACCUAGUUAAUAAACAGCUCUAAGGCCCUAUAAAAUCUGUUAUUAUGUUUUCUGUCAAUAUACCUAGUUAAUAAACAGCUCUAAGGCCCUAUAAAAUCUGUUAUUAUGUUUUCUGUCAAUAUACCUAGUUAAUAAACAGCUCUAAGGCCCUAUAAAAUCUGUUAUUAUGUUUUCUGUCAAUAUACCUAGUUAAUAAACAGCUCUAAGGCCCUAUAAAAUCUGUUAUUAUGUUUUCUGUCAAUAUACCUAGUUAAUAAACAGCUCUAAGGCCCUA